AUGGGGGAUUGGUCCAUCCUUGGUCGGUUCUUGACAGAAGUUCAAAACCAUUCGACUGUCAUUGGCAAGAUUUGGCUGACGAUGCUGCUCAUCUUCCGCAUCAUGCUCGUAGCCCUUGUAGGGGAUGCCGUCUACAGUGACGAGCAGUCCAAGUUUACCUGUAACACCCUACAGCCUGGCUGCAAUAAUGUCUGCUAUGACACCUUUGCCCCUGUCUCCCACCUGCGCUUUUGGGUUUUUCAGAUUGUCCUCGUCUCCACGCCGUCAAUUUUCUACAUAGUGUAUGUCUUGCAGAAAGUUACAAAGAAUGAAAGUCCCGAGGUCAGGAAGGUGAAUAUGGUACCCAAGGCCUCACCUUUGCUUGAAGCAAAAGGACCUUUAAGAAUUGAUAAAGACACGAUGCUGGAUGAUAAUACUUCUGGAGAAGAGGACUGGAGCUCGCAGGAAGAUGAAUAUGAAGAGAGGAGUCAGCUGGAAGGAGAAAUGAAUGAGGUACAGGAGGACCCAACUCAACUCUCUAGUAAAGUGCUACUUAUUUACAUCAUACACGUUCUGCUGCGCUCCAUUAUGGAAAUAGUCUUCCUCAUAGGGCAAUACUACCUUUUCGGAUUUGAAGUCCCACAUCUGUUUCGCUGUGAGACCUACCCAUGUCCAAACAGAACCGACUGCUUUGUGUCCCGAGCAACAGAAAAGACCAUCUUUCUCAACUUCAUGUUCAGCGUCAGCCUUGGGUGCUUCGUCCUGAACAUUGUGGAGCUGCAUUAUUUGGGAUGGAUUUACAUUUUCAGAGUGCUGUUCUCUGCAUGCUGCAUGUGCUGUGACUCAGAUAGGGAACCCGUGCAACAGGUGGCUUUGUACUCUUACAGCAACCCACUGUUGCUCGAACUCAAGCAUUCUUUGCGUGGAAGAGUCGUCCUGCAGACCACUGCGGCUGCGUCCAGGGACCCAAACCAGGUCCCAUCUAUCUCCUUUGAGACAGACUCUACUUUGGAGUGCACUUCGGCUAGGAAUUUAGAUGAAAGGGAACACAGCAAGGCUAGAAUACACAGUGUGGCCAAAAUAGGACAAGGGAAAAAAUCUUGGCUGUGA